AACGAAUAAGCGUCACAGUCGAAGCUCGCCAGUGUGAAAGCUCAGUCGAAAAUAAGUGUCACAAGUUCGUUUUAUAAUUGACCAUGUCUCACCAGUCCACUGGCGAGAUCUUCAGCAGAAAUAUGGAGAACCAGUCCGAUAAUGACGGCGUCAGACUCAUUGUGCUCAACCUUCCGGAAGACGAGGGCGAGGGGCUUGGCUUCAGAGUGACGAGGACGCUGUGGGAUCCGUAUCCGUGGGUCCGUGAAGUGACUCCGGGGUCCAGAGCUGACGCUGCAGGCUUGAAGACCGGAGAUUGUCUACUGCAAGCCGACGGAAGAGAUCUCCUAGGAUUACCGGUGGGACAGGUGGCCGGUCUGAUCCGGGGGGACGGCGCGGGGGGCGGAGUAUCUCUCCUCGUCUGGAACUGCGGCGUCGAUCCCAAGGAUGAUCCCGAGUUGCUGUGGAGUUGCGGCGGCGGCAGCAGGGGGGAGAGGUCGCGCCGCGCGCUCGCCGGAGUGCUGAGGGCGCUCUCGUGCUGCGUCUGCGCCUCCACUGCCACCAGGGCCCUGCACUGCGCCAGAUCCCAUCUGUACUGUGAAACCUGUUGGACACGUUUGGAACGAUGCGCUCUGUGCAGGGAGCCGCUCCCGCCGAAGAACUCUCCCUACUCCAGAAACUUAGUCGCCGAACAGGUCUUCGAAGCGAUAGCGACAGAAUACGAGAUCAAAACGGCGAUAAGACGUCCCACCGAGACCGCAUCAGCCACGGCCUCCCCGAACCGUUCCCCCAGCAUCUCACCUUCGAUCCACAGGAAAGGACAAUACCAACUGUCGAUGAUGAGCAAACGGAAACCGGAAACUACCGAAAAAUACAGACAAAUCUACUCAUCGGAUCCAAACAUUCACAACUCAACCAACGCGUCGAGGCGACUGCGUAACCCUACCAGCUUAGCAGGAAAUUCUCGGGCUGGCAACAUCAAUUGUAACUGUCAUAGUAGGAAGCUUGACAAGGACGUGCAGACGCAGUUAACGUCAAACGUCAGCGAGACUUUGACAGAUGGCUUGACAGUACAGCAUAGAUUAGUGACGAGAUUACGUCCGGCUUGCUCGUUGGCUGACCUGCAGAACUCGAUGCCCGGCUGUCGUCUGUCGACUUCGCUAAAUAAUUUGGGCGAACACAGUAAAGAACAAAAUCAACACAGCAACUCUUUGGACAACUUGAAGAGUCAUGGCACCGCGCUGGAUGCGCCGGUAUUUCUAGUUUCUCCGACACCCGUUUACCUGGUCACGUGCGGACACAGCCAGGAAGGGAGCUAAGCACUUACUGUCCUCCUCACCGGCGGGCGUACGGAGCGCACUCUCGUCUAUGAAAUAGUGUCCAUCAAAAAGCGACCGAUUAGUUCGGCGUUGCCGGAGCGAGUGGCGCUAAUUCAAAGAUGGCCCCAAAAGCUAUUGUAGUAAAAUUGCCUCUUCGAGGACAUUGGCAUAUACUUACCAUUGGGUGAAAAGCUAUAUGUGUUAAGCGAUAUUUCGCUUAAAACGCAACAGUUGUCGUUGUAAUUAAAAGUGCGUUUUAUUUAAUACUAGCUGACCCGGCA